ACACAAUUAAAUAUAUUAAUAUACCAUAUAAUGUAACGAGUAUGUGUUCAAAAUGUCAAUAUCAACAUUUAUCAUAAAAUAUUAUACCUAGCUACUUUAUAGUGCAAAUAUUCAAAUUUAGUGAUGUGGGUGCAUAGAUAUCAUUAAACAGUUUUUUAUUCAAAGUGACGUGUACCGUAUUAAUACUUUCCAUUUCAUUUGUUGUGUUUUGUAUUUUUCUGUGACUGGAAGCAGUCUGGAGAUUCCAUUUAUCUUACAUUUAUAUUUAUUAUUUAAAAAUGAAUACUGAAAUAUUAAACAACAAUACAAAUAACUUAAUUACCAUGGAAGAUUUGUUUCCAAACAAUGAAUCCCAAAAAGUAGUUGUUAAGUUUGAGAACUUGUCAGAUCAAGAACCGGAAUAUUUAGUUUGUGAACCGGAACAAAGCACCGGAAUACUAUAUGACCAUAAUUCACAGGAUUGUGAUCAUAAUCCUGAGGAAAACAGUAUUGUAAAUGUAUCAAAUAUUAAGAAGAACUCAGAUUAUACUUUGCAGCAAACAAUUAUCAAGUUGAGACACAAGAUUAAGCAUGAAUAUUUAGAUGAUGCAGAUCGAGGUCAUAGUGAGAUGCUAUGUGAACAAUCAGAUAGUUCACAAAGUAGUGAUAAGUUCAUCACACUUGAGGAUAUACCAAAAAAUGUUAAAGGAAAAUCACAGGCAAAGAAAUCUGCUAACCAGAUGAAGGCAAAUCGAAAUACUAACAGGACAUACAAAAACAAAUGGAAUCAACCACUAGUUUUUGUAGAUUGCGAAUCAAGUUUGGGCGCAGCAAAAAAAAGCAAAACCCCAAGGAAACGAAAGCCAACAUCCAUCUCUGAUUCACCAAACAAUAAGCAAUCACGCGCUAAAUUAAAAAAAGGGCGAAAGCGCGACAUGUCAAGUUGUUCACCCUCUUCAGUGUAUCCUGACAUCCCCUCUGCUGCUGGCUCCUCGAAUCAGCUAGAUACCAAUGACAUAACAUUAGAAAAUACUGCUGAUGACAUAAAUUUGAUAUUAGAAAUCAGCGAUAUAGAUGAUUGUGACCUAAAUGAGAUCUGUCCCCUUCUCCUGCCAGUGAACCAAGGUGCGCCUACGUGCCCCGCUGACUUGAGUCCGAUCGAGUCCCAAGUUUUACAGAUAGAGGACGAAUUAAAUGACAGACAUAUACGCGAAAUUGCACCUGAAGACUUUUGUGAUUUUAAAUGGACUACGGACGAGGUCACUUUCACUGGACAACGUGAAACCUUCAAAGAAACAGCAGGACUAACAUUCCCAGUAACGGAACAGCUCACUGAUACAGACGUUUUCUACAAGAUGUUUGAUUCAGACUUUUGGGAUCUUCUGUGUACUGAGACGAAUCGUUGUGCUGUACAAAAGAUAGCUUCGUUGAAAGCCCACAACCAGCUUACUCCCAAUUCACUUCUACACUAUUGGACACCCACAGACAGGGACGAAAUGGUGAGCUUCGUAGCAAUUAUGAUCCUACAAGGGCAUUACCAACUUCAGGAUGAGAAAUCUUACUUUACCUUCAACGGUUUCGGCACUAUGCCAUAUUUUUCGCGAAUCAUGAGCUACAAUAGAUUCGUGCUUUUAAAAUCUUUCUGCCAUUUCGUCGACAACGAUUCAUUGAAAGAUGACAGCGAUCGAGAGACUAAGAUCAGACCUUUACUCGAAUAUUUCAACGACAAAUUUUCAACACUGUACAUGCCGUCGCAAGACAUCGUAAUAGACGAGUCGCCCUUCAAGUGUCUCGAUAGAUUGAACUAUUCACAAAAAAUUACCGCCAAAACUGACCCAGCCUGGAUGAAGACCUACGAGUUGAGCGAAGCCUCAACAGGAUAUGUGUGGAAAUUUAUUAUGUGUGUUGGAAAGAAGCGAACUCAGCCGGACCAACCAUCCAACGGAGCGACUCAGCCGACUAAUGGAUCGACUCGGCCGACAAAUGGACCGGCUGAUGAAUUCUCUAGCAUUAAUGCCUCUGGUGUCACAAACCACAUAGGCGCAAUAGAUGAUGACGUAACAAUCGGUAGCAUUGCCCGCCCAAAGACUGCUACCACCAAAAUUAUCUUGGACUUGAUGAAACCAUUACUGCACCGCGGAUACACAUUAAUCAUGGAUAAUUUUUAUAAUAGUCCAUUAUUACUUCGUUACUUAAAGGCUCAGCAAACGGACUGUUACGGGACGAUCCGAUUGGAUCGCGAAUUUGUUCCACCAAUGUUAGUCAACUUUAACAAAAGCUACCUAAAACAAAGGGAAGCAGUGACGAGUUACUGUUCCGAUCUGUCGAUGAUGGUUUGGAAGGAUGCUAAUUUCGUUAGCAUGAUUUCAACAUAUCACAAGUUAGAAGAGAGAAAGUGGCAAGAUAACAAACUGACAUACCCGCCACAGAUCGUAUCGGACUAUAACAAUUCCAUGGGGGGAGUGCAGAGAAGGUAUCAGUUUCUGUCCGCUCACCCUAUGGGGCGCCCCCAUAACAAGGUGUGGUACAUGAAUGUCUUCUGCCGAAUUCUCAACGUGGCAAUGUUCAACUGUUUUGUGAUCUAUGCAUCUCGAAAUGAAAAUGUCGCGCAGGACCAGUUCCGGAUCAAGUUGGCAGAGAACCUUCUUAGAAUACACAAAAGAAUCGAUAUGACGACAGAACAACGAAUACUGACAUACCAAGCUGGUGAUGGAUCGGCCGCAUAUGCCGUUUACCGAGGUUACAGGCCAUCGAAACGUCCAGAAAUACAAACACACGACCAUUUCCCCGUAAAGAACGGGAAAAGGAAGGGGCGAUGCGUGUUGUGUCAUAACGAACGGAAAGUUGACGCACGGACUGUGUGGAAGUGUAUGGAGUGUAACGUGAAUUUAUGCAUAGAGAUAUGUUUUAGGGAAUAUCAUAAAUAGAACAGACGGACUGAUAAAUCUGUACUAUAAGUAAUAAUUUAUAUGAAUAAAAGGAGGAUUAUAAACAA